CAACAUAUUCAUGUCGCCUCAUUAUGGGGAAGGAGCUGAACAUGCAUUGCGUCGGCUGAAGGAGAAGAUCUACAAACGCACAAGCAAUACUCAGCUCAACUUACAGGCCAAUUUCGCUUCUACGCAUCAAUGGGGCCCUGCCUACAGCGAAUUAAUGACCGCUCCUUCUGAUCGCGAUGCAGAGGUUAUCGAUAAUGGAACGCUGCCUUGGGAUACGCCGACGGCACUGAUUGGCAGGAGGGAGUCUGGAGUCCACGCAUCCUAUAACAUCGCAGAGCUAAUCAACAUUGGGCCAUACCCCAUCCGACCAGGCACAAUCUUGAUAAAUCCCGCUGGUGGUAUGUAGAGUCCGCGAUGUACUGAAAAUGACGCUCAUGACCUUUUCAAUAGACCAACCUACACGAGGCCGAUCCGCGUCCCCAAACUUCCAGCGCAGUAUCCAAUUGUACUUUGAUAAUGCGCGACGUAAAGCCAGGGAGCAAGCGAUGGCGGCUACCAUCGACUGGCUGGAUAUGACAAACUUCAACCGACUAUACAACAUGCAUCAGCAAUAUGAUAAGCAGUUGUCAUUGUACCUUCAUGGCACAUGCAACUGGAUCUUUCACAAACCUGAAUACCUUGCCUGGGAUUCUGAUGAUUCCGGCAGCGAUGCACCUAGACUACUGUGGGUAUGUGGGCCUGCUGGGUUUGGCAAAACCGUCCUUUGCGCCAAAAUACUUGAACGUUUUAAGGCUAAGCAUGAGUGGUUGGUGGCUUUCUUCUUCUCCUCACUUCACACCGCAUCAGCUCCGACAGGCGAUAUGAGCUUCAUCAUUCGGUCUUGGAUGGCACAGUUAGCAGCUCCAGAUCCUGACACCCUCGAACUGAUCUGGGGCUACGCCAAGCGCUCUGAUGUUGGAGCCAGAGCGUUGGACUCUGAGGUCUGGUCUGCUUUUGAAGCUGUCCUGGCACAGAAGCAGGGUGUCGCUCUUUUCCUUGACGGGCUCGACGAGUACUCCAAAACAGACGACGCUCGUGUCAGUUUCUUGCAAAAGCUCAAGAGCGUGGCUGCCGGCACCGCAACGAGAAUUCUCAUAACCAGCCGGGAAGAAACUGAUAUUAAAGUAGAGUUGUCAACGGUCAAAUCAUCAGAGCAAGUCAUUCUUAAAUACAAGAUUACGAAGAAAGAUGUCGACGACGAUCUCAAACUCUACUCCAGAUCUGUGGUGGAUAAAACGCUACCAAGAAAGGAUGAGAACCUUCGAGUGAGGCUGGCAGAUAAACUCACUCAGAAAUGUGAGGGAAUGUUCCAGUGGAUCAAGAUGCAGCAGCCACAGCUGCGCGACACUAAAAGCAAGACGAAACUAGAAAAUAUCGUUGAGAACAUGCCAAUUGGACUUACUGAAACGUACAAGAAGAACUGGGAAGACAUCAAACGUCAGCCCGCAGAUGACCAAGACCGUGCAUUUGCAAUCUUGCGCUGGACAACAUUUUCCUUACGGCCACUGUCCGUAUCCGAGAUUUCGGAAGUCCUAGCUGUUAACACUUACGCCAAGUGUAGCAGUUUACCGUUAGAUGAACUCCCCGACGACAUCGACGAGAAGUAUAUCGAAAACGAGAUUAUAGCCAUCUGCGGCUCUUUGGUGGAAGUCAGGAGAGCAAAUUCCGAGGAUCAGUCCGCCUCCAAAACCAUCCACCUCGUUCAUCCAUCAGUCAGAGAGUUUCUCCUAUCGGUUCUGCCAAAGCAUCGGCAAAUGCUCUCAGAUGAAGCAUCCACAACUGAGUGCGCAGCAAAUCCGGCUGAUCAGCAUCGUUAUCUUUCGGCCGUUUGCCUGACAUAUUUGAAUUACAACAACAUCUGGAAUGAUUCAGAUAAUAAUCAAAGCUAUGUCAGUGGAUAUUCAUUUCUUGACUAUGCUUCAAGGUUUUGGCAACUGCACCUUGAAAACGUAGUAAAAGAGGAUCCUUGGGCGUCACGGAUCGUGACCGACUUCUUACAUACUGGAAAUUCGAAGUUCAGCAGGUGGGCAAAGUACUUUGAGUCUUGCCGAAAUGCUGAGGAUGGCGAAGAGAAAGUAGCUGGAACCCCAAUAUACUAUGCCACGUUAUUCAAUCUUCUUAUGACACUGGAAUCCAUCUGGAACCAAGAUAAGACGCAACUGAAUGUUUUGGGUGGUCGAUAUGGCACCCCUCUACAGGCGGCUUGCGCAAAGCACAACAACAAGGCAUUCGAGAUGCUGAUGAGAUGGGGUGCAGACGUGAAUGUUGAAGGAGGCGAGUUUGGUGCGGCUCUUGUUGCUGCUGCAGCUGGAGGUUUCGAGGAUAUGGUCAUAGCCUUAACCAGCAACGGCGCCAAGCUCGAACUCAAAGACUCUAUGGGACGGACAGCGCUCUAUACAGCAGCGAAGAAAGGUUUCAAGGACGUCGUCAGUUUUCUGUUGGUGGCAGGAUCGGAGAUCGGAACUACAAACAAGUACGGGGUCACAGCAAUGAAUGCAGCAGCUGGUAGCGGCCACAUCGAAGUGGUCCGGCUGCUGCUCGACCGUGGACAGAUGCCAAUGCUCCAAACAGUAACGGAUGGACGCCUGUAAACUUAGCCGCGAACCGUGGUCACAUCGAAGUGGUCCGGCUGCUGCUCGACCGCAAAGCAGACGCCAAUACUCCAAACAACGAUGGAUGGAUGCCUGUAAACAUAGCCGCGAACAGUGGUCACAUCGAAGUGGUCCGUCUGCUGCUCGACCGCGGAGCAGAUGCCAAUGCUCCAAACAUAACGGAUGGACGCCUGUGAACUCAGCCGCGAACCGUGGUCACAUCGAAGUGGUCCGUCUGCUGCUCGACCGCGGAGCAGAUGCCAACACUCCAAACAAGGACGGAUGGACGCCUAUAAACGCAGCAGCUGAUAGCGGCCACAUCGAAGUGGUCCGGCUGCUGCUCGACCGCGGAGCGGAAGCGAAUACUCUAACCAAAAAUCGACAGAGUCUAUUACAUUCUUCAGCGCUUUCUGGGAAU